AUGGGGUCUUUAUACCUCAACAUGUUUAAGGGUUGGUGCUUUUCUUCAAAUUUAAUGCACCAUCCUAAUGGUAGAAUUGUAGUGGCUUGGAAUCCUCAGAGUUAUGAGGUGGAUAUUAGAGGUGGCUCUAGUCAAUGGAUGCAUUUUCGUUUGCAAGGCAGGAAUGGAAGGAACUUUGAGUUAACAGUGGUCUAUGCUCUUAAUGAUAUGAAGGGUCGGGAGCAGUUAUGGCUUGACUUAAAUCAUUUGGCUCAAGAGAUCAGAUGUCCUUGGAUUGUCAUGGGUGAUUUCAAUGCUGUUCUAUCCCCAUCUGAUAGGUUCCCUUAUAGAGGUAACGGUUCAGAACUAAUACCCUUUCAAAGCUGUGUGGAGUUUUGUCGAUUGGUUGAUGUGAAGUUUUCGGGCUCGUACUACACUUGGAAUAAUAAACAAGGAGGGAACGACCGAGUUUAUGCUAAGCUUGACAGAGUGUUAGCUAAUAAUAGCUGGUUGGAGAAUUUUAAGGAAGCUGAAGUGAUUUUUUUCCCUGAAGGACUCAUGGAUCAUUGUCCUUUUAUGGUGAACUUUGGUACUGCUCCUGUGACUAAAAGAUCCUUUAAAUUUUUUAAUUUCUGGUGUAAUCUUGAUGGUUUUCAGAGGAUAGUGUUUAAUAGCUGGACUAGAGAGGUUAAAGGGACCCCAAUGUUUUGCCUAGUCUCUAAGCUUAAAAGGCUGAGAAUGGAACUGAAAAACCUUAAUAGAGAUGGGAAAGCUGAUGUGUUUGUUUAG